AUGGGCGCAUGCCAACUGAUCUACCAAGAUGCACGCAACGACACGAACUGGUUCGAUUUCAUCUACCCACAACUAGUGCCCUUCAUGACCGAAGCCACCACGAUGGUCGGCCAAGAAUGGACAAGGAUGGUCCUACAAAACGCCACAUCCUACAACACCCUUCUCGCAAACAUUGCAAACGUCCCGCAAGCCCUCAGCCCAGCCAUCGGAUUCAGCAUGUACAACCUCCGACCCUUCUACCCAUACACCAGCAUCCCCGCGGUCUCGAUUGGAUUGAUCUACCUAAUCAUCAUAUCCUUCUUCAGCUUCGCAUUCUACCUUCCCAUCCACUUCAAAUACCUUAAACCGGAGGGGCACCUGCCGUUGAAGUUUCCACACCUUGUCAUCUGGCGCUGGUGCAGCACGAUUUCGGCAUAUUCCAUGCUGAGCUUGGCGUAUUCGCUUAUCUCCCUGGCGUUCCAGAUCAACUACUCGGGUGGGAAUCCAGUCACGUCUCAGACAGAGCCGACACUCAUUGAGUAUGGCAAUCCGGACGCCUAUGGCAAGGGGACGUUCCUGGUGUAUUGGAUGCUGAACUUCUUCGGGACGAUUGCAUUGGGGUUGGCGUGUGAGAAUGCUGCGAUCUUCGUGGGGCAGCCUUGGACGGGGUUGUGGUUGAUUUUUUGGGUUAUUACGAAUGUCUCGACAGCGUUUUACGAUAUUGAUAUCGAACCUGGCUUCUAUCGAUGGGGGUAUGCGUGGCCGUUGCAUUAUGUUGUGGAGGGGUCAAGGCAGAUUUUGUUUGAUUUGCAUAGCAGGAUUGGGCUGGAUUUUGGAGUGUUGAUUGCGUGGGGUGCGGUCAAUACGGCGGUGUUUCCGAUUGCGUGUUGGUUUAUGAGGUGGAAGUCGAAGCAUCAUGUGCAUGAGUAUUCUAAGUAG